AUGUCUAUGGUAGUGGCAAGUAAAGUUCGUGGAGUUAACUUGACUUAUGGAAGGGGAAAGGUACCCUUUGACAAAGCGUCGGACGAGAGUUCAUUAGCAGCAGCAGUCACAUGCUUCGUUCGUCGCCAGGCCAGUGUGUCAGGAGCAAGCGACGUGACCCUUCUGCCUCCACCGUUGAAUGGGAUUCCUUUUGACUUUCCCGUGUUGAACUUAUACACGCCUAUCGGCUCCAAAUGGCAAUUGUUUUUUGACUACGCGGGAGACGAACACAUCACUGCAGCAAUUGACUCGUUGACCAAUAUAUACCCUCCUGAUGUGAACAUGGCGAUCAACAUGAAUGGCCCAGACAUUGAUAAGCCUCAUAGUAAAGCAUUACUGACCAUUAUAGAACAGCCCCAAUCGCGAGGGUUUCGGUUUCGUUAUAAGUGUGAAGGACCUUCACAUGGGGGCCUUCAAGGAGUUAAAAGUGAGAAAGGAAAAAAAUCAUACCCAACUGUUCAGAUUAUGAACUAUGAAGGCCCUGCUCGUAUCCUUGUCAGUUUAGUGACAGAUGAUAGCAUACCUAAGACACAUGCUCAUGAAUUGGUUGGCAAGUCAUGUAAUAAAGGAAUUUGUUUAAUGGAUGUCAAAGAGGCUAAGAAUCCAAUAUGUCAGUUUCAAAAUAUUGGAGUAAUGCAUGUGACGAAACGUAAAGUGGCUGAUGUCCUGAAAGAACGCAUUUUAGAGUCUAUGCUUUUGAACAAACGCAUUUGCAGUGGAAAUGUUAAUGAUGAAAAUAUCCAAUUAAAUGACACAGAAAAAAAAACUGCUAAAGAACAGGCUGAUACACAGGCAAAAAGCAUGCAUUUAAAUGUGGUGAGGCUUUGUUUUCAGGCUUAUUUACAAGACAAAAAUGGUAAUCUAACCAUAAUGCUACCAUCAGUUAUUUCAAACCCUAUAUAUGAUAGCAAAUCUCCAGGUGCAGCUGCACUAAAGAUUUGUCGCAUGGACAAGUGUGGUGGAUGUUGCACUGGCAAUGAAGAAGUUUUUCUUCUUUGUGAAAAAGUCCAAAAAGAUGAUAUAAGAGUAGUGUUUAUAGAGGUAGAUCAUGAUCAAAAAGUCAUUUGGAAAAAAGAAGCCAAUUUUGGGCCCACAGAUGUUCACAAACAAAACAAGCAUAUUUGUUUUCUUUGCAUUGCUAAUCCAGAUGAAGAUGGCAUUGAAAAAAAAAAACGUCGAAAAGGUGUUGCCCCGGAUAACUAG